GCGUUCUCUGCCGAAUAGGUAAACACACAUGAUGUUCUGCUUGGAGAUUUCGAAGUUUGCAGCGCAUUUUUGACCGGGAAAAAAAUAAUAUUGAUGCCUGUUAUUCCGGAGAAAUGGGUUAUAGGUUUGCACGAAAAGCACGGACGUAAUGUUACACUUUCUAAUGGCAACCGUAGGGCUGCCAGGGAAGGCGAUACCUACGAUCAUGGAAUGGUAUUUAGCGAUCGACCUUUGCAUAUUGGGGAGAUUUUUCAACUCAAAAUUGAAGAAUUGGAAUCAAAAUGGGCUGGAUCUCUGAGAUUUGGAAUAACAACAAGCAAUCCUAACUGCCCCUCCACAAAUAUAGUACGAGCGGCAACAGAUUUGUUUACGUCUGAUCAUCAGGAUUACUGGAUGUUGUCUGGAACUCGUAUCCACAAUGGCGAGAUAGAAAAAGAAUAUAAUUUUAGUAUUCACUCGCUCAAAGUUAAUGAUGUUUUAGGAGUUCAAGUGACUAGCAAUGGAAACUUGAAUUAUUAUGUUAAUGGACUCAAUCAAGGAGCAGCUAUGACUCAAAUACCUGUAAAAAAGGACAUUUAUGCUGUAUUUGAUGUUUAUGGAAGGACAAAGCAGGUCUCUGUGAAGUACUUUGGAGUGGCAACUCUAGAAGAAAUCUGCAAGGCUGAAGUAUUGAAAUGGGUAAAGGAUACAGACAAGCUUUUAGAAUUACCUAUUCCAAAGAUUCUUAUAGACUUUUUACAAGAGUAAUGUUAUAGGUAUAUUUAAUAAUAGUGCAGAUAGUAAAUUGUAUAGACUGUUCAAUGGAAAAAAGUAAACUUUAGACAGUCUCAUUACUUCAUUUGUAAGUAACUGUUUGCUUUUUUCCAGUCAGAUCACUGGUCGUCUCAAGAUAUGAAGUUUAUUGUCAUUUUUUUGCGAGGAAAAAUUUCUUUUCUAUACUUUUAUUGAUAAGCAUAUUUGUCUUAAGUAAACAUCACUCUAUAGGUUUGUUGGUUUAUUGCAGUUAUUUGAAGUUUUUUUUUGUUUCAACAC